AUGCCUUCAGAGAUACCCUUGUACGAUAUUGUAAUCAUCGGUGCCGGUCCCGUGGGUUUAUUGCUUUCAGUAUCACUCUCACGAUGGGGUUACAAAGUCAGACACAUCGACAACCGACCCGUCCCAACAGCAACCGGACGAGCCGAUGGCAUUCAGCCACGGUCACUUGAAAUUCUCCAAAACAUGGGGCUGAAACGGAAGAUUAUGGCCCAUGAUCCCGCACGAGUCUUUGAAGUGGCAUUCUGGGAUCCUGUCCCUGGUGGGAAGAUCGAGAGGACGGGUACUUGGGCCAGCUGUCCGGAGUUCCUGGACGCCCGAUAUCCAUUCACGGCUCUUCUUCACCAAGGUUUGAUCGAGCGGGUCCUCAUUGAGGAUCUCGAGAAGAACGGUACCAAGGUCCAGAGGCCGUGGACCAUCACGAGAUUCGAGACCAAUCACAAGAACCCGGAGUAUCCUGUUGAGGUGGACCUGAAGAACCUGGACAGCAACGUCACCGACACUGUUCGAGCAAAAUAUCUCUUCAGUGGCGAGGGGGCCCGGAGCUUUGUUCGCGAACAGCUGGGUGUUCAAAUCCGACACAAAGACCCCAUCUCCCACGUGUGGGGGGUGAUGGAUGGUGUUGUCCGCACCAACUUCCCCGACAUCAAGAUGAAGUGCACAAUUCACUCCGAUCAUGGGAGUAUCAUGGUUAUCCCCCGCGAGAACAACAUGGUCAGACUCUAUAUCCAGAUCGCCAGCUCCACAGACCCUGACUUCUCACCCCGGAAGACAGCCACUGUGGAACAAGUGCAGGCUGCUGCCAAGCGCAUCUUCCAGCCGUACUACUGCAUCUGGGACCGCGUGGAAUGGUACUCGGUCUACCCGAUCGGGCAAGGCAUCGCCGACAAAUACACGCUGGACCACCGCGUCUUCAUGGGCGGUGACGUGUGCCAUACCCACUCCCCCAAGGCCGGGCAGGGCAUGAACACGGCCUUCCACGACGCCAUCAACUUUGCAUGGAAAAUGCACUUGGUGGAAUCCGGCUUCGCCUCACGGGACAUCCUGUCCACAUACGAAGUCGAGCGGCGCUUCAUCGCCGAGACGCUCCUCAAUUUCGACAACAAGUACGCCGCUCUCUUCUCGACACGGCAGCCCACUGCCUCGGAGGUGGACGACGCCCACAAGCACGACGCGGGCCAGCACAAGAACGAAUUCGUGGAAAUGUUCAAGGCCAACUGCGAGUUCACCUCGGGCUUCGGCGUGGCGUACAACCCCAACAUCUUCAACCACUCGGCCGAGCACCCCUUCCAGCACCCGCUCAUCAUCACCGACAGCCCCAAACUGCGGCCUGGCCGGAUCAUGCCGCCCUCGAAUGUCACCCGCGUAGUCGAUGCCAACGUGGUGCACCUCGAGAACCAGAUCCCGUUCAACGGCUCGUUCCGUCUGUUCAUCUACGCCGGGCUGUCCCAGUCGCCUAAGCAGGGCGCCCACAAGGCGCUGGCCGACUUCGCCGAGCACCUCACGGCGCCGGACUCGUUCUACACGCGGUUCGGGUGCGAGGACCGUCAGCGCGACAACCACCACGACAUGGACAACCCGCACUCGCGGUUCUUCUCGCUCGCGCUGGUCCUCGCCGCCAAGCGGCCUGACAUCGAGAUCUCCGACCUACCCGCCCUGUUCCGCGACUACUCGGCGCGCGUCUACGCCGACGACCGCCGGGACAUGAAGGUGCUGGACGCGAAGGCCUCGGCUCACGCCAAGGUCGGCUUAACCGGCGAUGAGGGCGCCGUGGUGGUCGUGCGGCCCGACGGACACGUCGGCGUCGCCGUGCGCCUGACCGAGGGCCCGGGCACGGUCGAGGCGCUCGAGGGUUACUUCAAGGGCUUCACCGUCCGGACGGGCCUGGGUGGCGGUGCCGAGAGGGUGAGAUCGCAGCUGUAG